UGGAGUUCUUUGGGGGGAUUGGCAUAGAGGGGGCAACUCCGGUGGUCGGGAGGGAAGAGAUUGGUUUGCUGUUCUUGGUAUGAGCGUUGGGCAAGAUGGGGCUGGAUUACUACAACGUGCUCAAGGUGAACCGGAGCGCCACGGAGGAAGACCUCAAGAAGUCGUACCGGAGGUUGGCCAUGAAGUGGCACCCCGACAAGAACCCCGGUGAAAACAAGGCCGAGGCAGAGGCCAAGUUCAAGAAGAUCUCCGAAGCCUACGAGGUUCUCAGUGAUCCGCAGAAGAGGGUGAUAUAUGAUCAAUACGGGGAAGAGGGGCUGAAGGCCUCCGCGGACGCUGGUGGCUCAUCGUCGUCGAUGAAUGGUCCCAGCAGCCACCGUUUCAAUCCUCGGAAUGCCGAGGAUGUGUUUGCCGAGUUCUUUGGCAGCAGCAAGCCUUUUGAGGGGAUGGGGCGUGCCAAGUCGAUGAGGUUCCAGACAGAAGGCGCUGGCACCUUUGGUGGGUUUGGUGGUGGCAGCGAGAGCAAAUUCAGAUCAUACAAUGAUCCUGUCAGUGCCAGCUCUAGCCAGCCUCGGAAGCCGCCGCCUGUGGAGACGAAGCUUCCCUGCACUCUCCUAGAGCUAUACUCUGGUUCAACACGCAAGAUGAAGAUAUCCAGGAAUGUCAUGAAGCCUAAUGGGCAAGUGACGACUGAAUCGGAGAUCCUGACAAUUGAUAUAAAGCCCGGGUGGAAGAAAGGGACCAAGAUCACAUUCCCAGACAAGGGCAAUGAGCAACCGAACCAGCUUCCUGCUGAUCUUGUCUUCGUCAUCGACGAAAAGCCCCAUGAUCAGUACACAAGAGAAGGCAACGACAUCCUGUUCCACCAGAAGAUCGACCUGGUGGAUGCAUUGGCAGGAACCACAGUCAAUCUGAAGACCCUCGACGGGCGUGACCUGGUGAUCAAGCUGACAGACGUGGUGACACCAGGGUAUGAGCUUGCAAUCGCCAAGGAGGGUAUGCCUAUUAUAAAGGAAAAUGGGAGGAGAGGCAAUUUGAGAAUCAAGUUCGAUGUCGACUUCCCAAAGAAGCUGUCGUCGGAACAGAGGCAGAAUAUUAGGAAGGUUCUUGGAGGGUAGCCUCAGCAGCAACGAUCACAUCCUGGAAGCAAAUUCAGCUACCCCCAUAGUUCUCCAUGAAACACAGACUAAUUCACAUGUUCUUCUUUGGUUGGCUUGAAUGUCUAGUUAUUUUUCGUUUGUGGGAACUUCUUCCCGAUCUACUCCUUUGUCUAGCAAUAUUAAUUGUUCAUUACUCCAUACAGAUCACAAUGCAAUGUUAAUUACCUGUUCAGAUACAUACAUCUAUAGUCCUUCAGAAUUUGUACAAAUUCCAACCUUCUCCUUUUUUUUUGGAGCAACAACCUUCUCCUUUUGUAAAUUAUGUUCUUUGGAGCAACGAACACAGUCUCCUUUUGUAAAUUAUGUACUAGAUGCAAUGUUCUUAUUUCACAUUA